AUGGAAACAGUUCAAUCGUUAUAUCAAAAUCGUUUUUUACGAGAAUAUUUUAAUCUAAAUCAAUUACGUGUAACACCAUGGAUACGCGAUCCAAAUGGUCUACAUCAUCCUUUAGUAUUCGAAUUUGAAUUGAAAUUUUUUGAUAGAACUUAUGCUCAAAAUAUUUAUGCAUGGAUGAAUAAAUGGUGGUGGUUAAGUAUUGUUUAUUCAAUAAUCUAUGUUAUUUUAAUUUAUUAUGGACGAUCAUUGAUGGUGUCUCGUGAACGUUUUGAACUACGUCUACCAUUAAUAUUUUGGAAUUUAGGUUUAGCAAUAUUUAGUAUAUUUGGUAUGCUGCGUUGUCUACCGGAAAUGUUAUAUAGUUUAAAUAAACAAGGUUUGCAAUAUACAAUAUGUGAUCGAAGCAAUAUUUAUGGUAUAACUGGUUAUUGGAUAACAAUAUUUUGUAUAUCAAAAGUUCCUGAACUCAUCGAUACAUUAUUUAUAGUGUUAAGAAAACAAAAAUUAAUUUUUCUUCAUUGGUUUCAUCAUGCCACUGUUUUAGUUUAUGCUUGGUACAGCUAUCAUGAUUGGACAGCCAGUGGACGAUGGUUCGUAUUCAUGAAUUAUACAGUUCACGCCAUGAUGUAUUCAUAUUAUGCGUUUCGUGCAAUGAAAUUUCGUAUACCUAAAUGGGUACAAGUAACAGUAACUAUUUUUCAAUUGUCACAAAUGGUUGUUGGGUGUUUUGUUAAUUAUAAAGCUUAUGUUUAUAAAGAAGCAAACGCACCAUGUAGAGUUGCUUAUUCAAAUAUAUUUUGGUCAUUUGUUAUGUAUGCUGUUUAUUUUGGUUUAUUUCUUCAUUUCUUUUUCGUAAAUUAUUUAUUAAAACAAAAGCCAACAAAUAUCAAAACUGAUGAACAGAAAAAGAUCAAAUAA